AUGUUUAAACAAGGACACAUAAUGAUUGGUGGAAUUUUUCCAAUUUUCAACAAAGAGAUAAGCAGCACUUCUAGAUUUGAGUGGGAGCCUCUUGGAGUUACGUGUGAAGGAUUUGAUCUGCGUGCUUUCCGAUGGACCCAAGUGAUGAUAUUUGCAAUUGACGAAAUUAACAAAGAUCCUGCUCUCCUUCCAAACAUUUCUCUUGGUUAUAGGAUUUUUGACUCUUGUGCCUCUCCUACUAAUGCUGUACGUGCUGCAUUAACACUGGGAGGUCAACCAGAUGGGAUAGAACUUACUUCUUCUUGUCCUCCAGCAAUAUCUGCUCUUAUAGCUGAGUCAGGAUCAUCUCAGUCCUUAGCUGUUUCUGAAACUCUUGGACCAUUUCAAGUGCCAAUAGUAAGUUAUUUCUCAACAUGUGCCUGUCUAAGUAACAGAGCUAAAUACCCAACCUUUUUCCGAACAAUCCCCAGCGAUUACUUCCAGGCAAAAGCUUUGGCUGCCCUAAUUAAGCAUUUUGGCUGGGAGUGGAUUGGAGUCAUACAAUCAGACAAUGAUUAUGGACAAAAUGGAAUCCUUGCAUUCACUGAGGAGAUUAAAACAUUAAAGAUUUGUAUUGCUUUUAUCGGUACAGUUCUUCGAACAUACCCUCUCGAUAAAAUUCUGAAAGUUGUAGAAAUGAUCAAACAAUCGACUGUCAAAGUAAUUCUGGCUUUUGUUCCAGAGGGUGACUUUUACCCUUUGAUGAAGGAGAUAGUGAAACAGAACAUCACAGGAAUUCAGUGGAUUGCCAGUGAAGCAUGGAUAACAGCAGCAAGACCUUCCACACCUCAGAUGUAUCAAGCUUUUGGUGGAGCUUUGGGAUUUGUCGUUCAGAAGAUGGCCAUCCCAAAUCUAAAUCCAUUUCUUACAGAUAUUAACCCUUAUAGAGAUCCAAGUGAGCCUUUUGUGAAGGAUUUUUGGGAGAUAAUAGUUACUUAUCACCUACAAAGAGUAAACUUCAGGAAUCAGUUUGGAGAUUAUGUGUUUUUUGAUGAGAAUGGCAAUCCUCCUGCUUCCUAUGAUAUCAUUAACUGGCAGCUCAAUAACGGACACGUUCCUACUUCACUGUGCUCUAAUGAUUGCCCAACAGGGACAAGGAAAGCUCAAAUCAGAGGGAAACCAACAUGCUGUUUUGACUGCAUUCCAUGUGCAGAUGGAACUAUAGCCAACUUUACAGGUGCAAUGGACUGCACAGCCUGUCCACAGGAAUACUGGUCGAAUGAGCAACGAAAUGAGUGUAUUCCAAGAACAAUUGAAUUUCUGACGUACUAUGAGCCCAUGGGAAUAGUUCUCACGGUUGUAGCAUUGUUAGGGGCCUCCCUAUCACUGCUAACAAUGGCUGUUUUUAUCCACUACAGAGAAACUCCAGUAAUAAAGGCCAGCAACUCAGAGCUGAGCUGCUUCUUGCUGUUUUCUCUCUUCCUGUGUUUUCUCUGCCCUCUCACCUUCAUUGGUAGACCUACAGUCUGGACGUGCAUGUUGCGCCACACAGCUUUUGGGGUGACAUUUGCACUUUGUAUUUCCUGUGUCUUAGGAAAAACUAUUGUGGUUGUAACUGCCUUUAAAGUCGUACAACCCAGCACCAAAGUUAUAUGGCAUUUUGGUCCUAUCCAACAAAGAUGUAUUGUUUGCUCUUGCACUUUGAUUCAAGUAAUUAUCUGCAUAUCUUGGCUGAAAUUAAAACCACCUUUUCCUGACAAAGUUUUUAGAUACAGUAACAAGAAAAUAGGUUUAGAAUGUAACACAGGGUCUGAGGUUGCUUUUUAUGCAGUACUGGGAUACAUAGGCAUUCUUGCAGGUAUAUGUUUAAUCCUUGCAUUUUUAGCAAGAAAAUUGCCUGACAAUUUUAAUGAAGCCAAAUGUAUAACAUUCAGCAUGCUGAUAUUCUGUGCUGUCUGGAUCACUUUUAUCCCAGCAUAUGUCAGCUCUCCAGGAAAGUUCACUGUAGCUGUGGAAAUUUUUGCAAUUUUGUCAUCAGCGUUUGGUUUGUUGAUCAGCAUUUUUGCUCCAAAAUGUUACAUAAUCUUGAUAAAGCCAGAUAAAAACACAAAAAAGUAUGUUAUGGGAACAAAUGCUAAUAAAAAAUAUAAUUUGAAAAUAAAAGAUAAUGAUCACCCUGUCUACACAAUUCCACUGCCAUCUGUUCAGCUUGCUGUUCAGUCCAAACUGGUUUGCUCUGCAUCCAUGGCCUUUAAAUAG